AUGUUCACCAGAGCGCGGCAGGAGCCAUGGGUCACUGCUGUGGUCGCCUCAGGCGCCCUGGGCCUGGCUCUCUACCAUCUGCUUGCACGACGCCCAUUGUCUGCGAGUACGCGCAAAGAGCCACUGGAGCGUGAACAGCCAAGCCAGAGCUCGACGACCAACUUGGUAGCAGACGACAUGAGUUCCGAGGACCGGGCGUAUCACGAGCGCUUCAUGCGAGAAGCCAUUGCCAUGGCCGAACUGGCACUGAAGAGCGAUGAGACGCCUGUUGGCUGUGUCUUCGUCAAGGAUGGCGAGAUCAUUGGCCGAGGCAUGAACGAGACCAACCGCACGCUCAAUGGCACCCGCCACGCCGAGUUCGUUGCCAUUGCCGGCAUCUUGUCCAAGGAGCCCAUUAGCAUCCUGCACAAGACCGACCUCUACGUCACGGUCGAGCCAUGUGUCAUGUGUGCUUCGAUGCUUCGCCAGUACGGCAUCCGGGCGGUCUACUUUGGUUGCUGGAACGAGCGAUUCGGCGGUACGGGCGGCGUUCUGAACAUGCACUCGGACCCGAGUGUCGACAAGCCAUACCCGGUUACCGGCGGCAUCUUCAGGGAGGAGGCCAUCAUGCUGCUCAGGAAGUUUUACGUUCAGGAGAACGAGAAGGCGCCGGAGCCCAAGCAGAAGAAGACGAGAGAACUCAAGACGGAGAUUCUGCCCAUGGACAUCCACGCUCCCAAGUCGACGCCGUCGCCUGCUCUGCCCCAGGCCAAACCAGCUGUCGCCAAACCGCUGGUGGCUGUGCCUUAUAUUCCGGGUCUUGCAGCUGCCACGGCAGCACCCUGA